AUGGAUCCCGCCAACCGCGCCGGCUCGGGCUUGAGCACACGGGCGAAAAUCCGUACGGACAGCGGCCUCCUCUCGCGCCCAGUGGAUACAUGA